CACGCUGGGGCAGGCUACGUGUUGGAUCCGGAUCCAAGGAUAAACCCCCAGUUAACCCCAGUUCGACUCGAGUCAACUCGAGUCACCUCGACAGGACAGAAUAGUCGAGGUCAGCCACUGUUGAUGCCACGAUGGCCCAACCAUUGGAACCUGUCGGUUGUGCACCCACCGUUCAUUGGAGUCAGGUCCAACUGGAUCGCGAUCGGAUCGGGAUCGGAUCUUCAGAGAAACAGAAAGAAAAUAUUCGCCGAAGAGAACUACAAACCAUGUCGAAGCACAGAUAUAUCACUCAAUAGUCAGGUACGGACCCGGGUCGUUGACUGUCUGACGAUCAGUCAGGCAAUUUCUCAACUUGCUGGGGAUACCCCUGCAGCGAUGCCAUAA